UAUUUUUUGUCUAUAAUUUUGAUUAUUGUUGUUUCAAAAUAAUUGUACGAAAUUCACGUAUAUUACAUUUUACAAGCGUUACUAUAGCAAAACAUCAAUUCUUACAUAUAAAAAGACGAAUUAAAUUUAAGUUCAGUGUGUAUGUCCUAUAUUCGGUUAGAUUUCAAUUUAAAAGUGGUUUUACCAUUUGGCCACACUGGGAAUACCUGUCUACUUUUGUUUACAUCUGACUGAUUAUAAUUUUUAAUUAUAUUAAUGUUUGUUGUUGUUUCGAUACCGCAGGUGGCUUAAUCUGUGCCCACAACAACUGCUCCCAGUGAUGCACCUGUCGUCUGGGCAACUGAAAGUCGUGCUUAUUCUGGCCCUGCUGCAGGAGCUGCAAGUGAAGCGGCAGAGGGACGUAUUUCAGGAGCUCUUCGAAAAGGAUCUGCAAUUAUGUCCCCAAUGCUUUGUUGAACAGCGUGAGCAGUGCCAGGAUAUUUUCCAGAAAAUAUCAGAGCCCUCGGAUUGGAGUAGACUUUUAAAAGCCGUUUCGUUGCUUAUUGAUCGUCGGACCAUUUAUUUCUUAGAGCUGAACGAUGUGCAUCAGGAAGCCAAACUUGUGGCCAAAAGAAAAGCUAUUGAGGAUCAGAAACAUAAGACUGAAAACCCGAAAAAGGAGUUCCUGGAGCUAAAGGAGAGACCUGGUGGCUUCCAUCUUUGCAGAAGUCUCACAGGAAAGCCUCGCUUUGUUAAUUACUUAGAGCAACGUGGUCAUUCCUCGGCUAGCGUGUGGCUUUACAUGAUGCACUACGUCAGUCCACUGCUCAUGCAGGAAUUAUAUAUACAGGGCUUUCCAGUGCCCCGAACAUACGCUUCCUGCGGUUUCACGCAUUUUCAAUCCUACGCAGGGCAUACAUUAAUGUAUUAUGCAGAAGCUGAAGAAGGUUUGCGCCUGGAUCUGGCUCGUCAGUUGCUGCAACUAUCACUGAAGCUUACCUUUGGGUUUUCUGAUUUUCGCAUAUACCUAACCGAUUUAACGGCUGAUAAUUUGGCUUAUGACAAAGAGAACAAAAAGCUAAUAAUCAUUGAUUUAGAUUCUGUGGUAUUGGUGGAUGCCGCAUCCACGUCAGGGCAAGCCCAGAAAUACGAGCCUCUACCUGGUGAUGGAUUUACUUUUGAUGUAUCGGCAUUCUGUUCAGGUCAGCAACUAGAUGCUAAUGUGUACCAGGCGUGUCUUCUUUUAAGGGAUUUCUUGCUCAAGGAUGUGGUUAAUGAGAGACUACAACACCUCUUGGAACAGUGUGUUACAUGCAAAGAUGAACUUUGUGAUAUGCGAUUCCAAAAAGCUUACGACUUAAUAAAAUUGAUGGAUAGCUAAAA